AUGGGAUCCUGGGCUGUGUCUGGAUUCCAGAAAAGAGGUAGUAGAGAUUCAAAUAUUGGGCUUAAUAGAAUGGACCUAAUGGAGAACAAAUUGAAAGAAAAAGUGAGAUCUGCAUUUCCUAAAGCUUCAGCCCAACAAAUUAAAAGCUCAAAGACUCUCAUUGAAGAGCUAGAUGAAGGUUUCAAUUAUGCUAUUAAGAGAGUUAGAGAGGUUCUAUGGAGACGAUUGAGGGAGAAGAACAUGGUGAAAUAG